AUGGUGGGCAAAGGAAACAGCACCCCCAGUGCUGAAUUUGUUCUCUCAGGGUUCUCAGAGAAGAGGGAUGUCCAGGUCGUCCUCUUCAUGGUCUUCUUGGUGAUCUACGUGGUCACUCUGCUAGGGAACCUGGGGAUGCUGGUGUUGAUCGCGCUGGCUGCCCAGCUUCAUACCCCCAUGUACUUCUUCCUGAGCAGCCUGUCCUUCCUAGACAUCUGCUACUCUUCCUCAAUCACCCCCAGACUGCUUGCGGAUCUCCUCGCAGAAAGGAAGGUCAUUUCUUACCCUGCCUGCCUCACACAAUUUUAUUUCUACGCCGUCUUUGCCACCACGGAGUGCUACCUUCUGGCCGUGAUGGCCUAUGACCGCUAUGUGGCCAUCUGCAGCCCCCUGCUCUAUGCCACCUCCAUGUCCAGCAGAGUGUGUGCGCUGCUGGUUGCUGGCUCGUUCCUCGCUGGGAUCACGAAUGCCACCAUCCACACGGGGUUUGCACUUCGGCUGUCCUUCUGCGGUCCCAACAUCAUCAACCACUUCUACUGUGAGGGCCCCCCGCUUUACGCCAUCUCGUGCACAGACCCCACCAUCAAUGAGAUGAUGAUAAUGACACUUGUCAAUCACACUGAUGUCCACCAGUUCGUUCUACUGGGAUUGACCACCCGCCCAGAUCUCCAGGUCCCCCUUUUCUUGGCUUUCCUGGCCAUGUACAUGGUCACCCUCUUGGGGAACCUUGGGAUAAUUAUUUUAAUUAGGACCGAUCUUCACCUUCACACCCCCAUGUACUAUUUCCUUGGCCACUUGGCUUUUGUUGAUGUCUGCUAUUCCUCCGUCAUCCUCCCCAAAAUGCUGGUGCAGAUCUUGAUGGAGGAGAAAACCAUUGCCUUCUCGGGGUGUGCGGCCCAGCUCUGCUGCUUCGUUGUUCUUGGGGUCACCGAGUGCCUCUUGCUGGCCGUGAUGGCCUACGACAGGUACGUGGCCAUCUGCAAGCCCCUCCUGUACCCCGCCAUCAUGGGCGGAUGGACAUGCCGGUGGCUUGUGGUCGGUUCCUACGCCAUCGGCGUCUUGCAUGCGGUGACACACACCACUUUCAUCUUCUCUUUCUCCUUCUGCCGCUCCAAUGUUAUCAACCACUACUUCUGUGACAUUGCCCCCCUCUUAGCCCUCUCCUGCUCCGAUACCCGCACCUACGAGGUGGUCGUCCUUGCUCUCAUCAGCAUAAACUGUCUCAGCACCAUGGCCAUCAUCUUCAUCUCCUACAGCCAUAUCCUCCCUGCUGUCCUGAAGAUUCGCUCUCUGGAGGGCAGGAGAAAAGCCUUCUCCACCUGUGCUUCCCACCUGACGGUCGUCACCAUGUUUUUUGGGGCAAUCUUGUUCAUGUACCUACGCCCCAGCUCCACCUACGCGUUGGGUGAGAACAAGAGUGCCACGCUGUUUUACACCAUCAUGACCCCCACACUCAACCCCUUGGUCUACAGCCUGAGGAACAGGGAGGUGAAGGCCGCCCUGAGAAGAGCAGUUGGGAGAAGGCGGUGA